AUGACACUGUGGGUAAAGCUGUGGAUCCUCCUUGAAACUCCCUUGGUACGCCUGUGUCUGCCCAUCCGAACCACCCCAAACGCAACAGUUGGGCGGCCGAUGAGCUCGUCGUCAGGCCGGUCCCUCGUCCAGCUCCCGAAGAGGAAAAGAGACGGAGGAGUGUUCAUCCGAAGGAUGAAAGCCCCUGCCCUAACUGGCCCUAAAAAACUGCUUACAGCCCCUGCCUACUGCACUCCUGCCUGCCCCGGGCCCCUGUCCUGCUUGCCUCAGCCUGCCCUAACCCCCCCUGUACCCUGCCCCGGGCCCCUGUCCUGCCUUGCCCUCAGCCCCUGCCCUACCCUGGCCCUGCAAGCCCCUGCCCUCCUGCACUGCUUGCUCUCAGCCCCUGCCCUACCUGUCCUGCCCCUGCCCUACCCUGCCCGGGCCUGCACUGCCUUGCUCAGCCCCUGCCCUACUGCCUGCCCUCCUGCCCUAAGCCAACCUACCCUGCCCCCUGCCUUGCCUGCUACCCUGCCCCUGUCCCCUUGCCCUCAGCCCCUGCCUACCCUGCCCCUCUGCCUUGCCCUCAGCCCCUGCCCUACCCUGCCCCGGGCCCCUGCACUGCCUUGCCCUCAGCCCCUGCCCUACCCUGCCCCGGGCCCCUGUCCUGCCUUGCCCUCAGCCCCUGCCCUACCCUGCCCCGGGCCCCUGCACUGCCUUGCUCUCAGCCCCUGCCCUACCCUGCCCCGGGCCCCUGCACUGCCCUACCCCGAGUCCCUGCCCUGCCUUGCCCUACCCUGCCCCGAGACUCUGUCUUGCCUUAAUCCCCUUCCCCUGUCACUGCUCUGUUCCCCUCUCCUGGCUCGGUUUACUAUCACUAAACAUCCAACAGAUUUCCGUUAUCAACAUUUAAGAUAG